AUGGUCCUUGGCCGUGGAGCUCACAAAGGCUUCCUCCUCGGCCUCUUCAUGAUACGAGCCUUCUGCAGUGAAGAUGCUGCGUGUGACACCUGUAAGGGUUCCACAUCCAGCUCGCUGCUGCAGCUGGGCACAGGAAGCGCUGGCGAAGGGGAGCUUCGCGAGGGGCCCUGCGAAUCGUGGUGCGUCCCCAGCCCAAGCAGCUGCACCGGGAAGAAUUGCAAGGGGUGUGCCGGUUGUGCCGGUAUUGCCCGAUGUGCGAACUGGUGCGGAAACACGGAGGAUUGGGCGGACAGGUGCACGAAAUGGGCUUGCGACGGCUGCGGACCUUGCACCACAACGACGACGACGCCUCCCUUUGGCUACACCGCUGUGGGGGCGGGCUGGUGCGACAGGGGCUACAUCGGUGGAUGGUAUGCACCGGACGCUGUUGACAUUGAGACCUGUGCGCAGAGAUGUAAUUCAGAGAAGAACUGCAAGUUCUUCAGCCUGAAGGUCGGCGCCACGUGUUCUCGCUACUCAAGUGACGCUGGAGCUUGCACUACGCGCCACGAGCCGGACGCCUACUUCACCUAUGGCAAGGCGCCAGGAGAAAGCUAUGUGCCUGGCGAACCUGGAGCUGAGUGGUCGCCAGAGCACCAGAAGGCCAUCAGAGCCAAGUUGAUCCGUGUCUUCCAGGAACCGGAUGCCUUGUGUUGGGAAGGGAACAUCCAAGUGCCAGGAGAACGAUGGUCGGGUCUACCAACCAUGGCCAAGUUCCUGCGUUUGGCCUUCCAUGAUUGCAUGAAGUAUGCCGACGGCACUGGUGGCUGCGAUGGAUGCUUGGAGUGGACGGGUGUAGGCGAGCGUUUCGCGCGAGACCAGCUUAGAAAGUUUCUGCUGAAUGCCAGUGAUGAUGGGCACAACAACGGCUUGCAGCCCACCGUGGAGAUCUUGGAGAAGAUCUACACCGACCCAACUUUUCCACAGAAGGCGCCAAGUCUGCCUCAGUCGCCCAAAGACAGCGGCAUUUCGCGAGCUGAUCUGUGGGCCUUUGCUGGCAUGGUGGCGGUGGAGCAUGGCAUCCAGCUGAAUAACCUCGCCUGUCACAAGCUGGAUUUGGAUGAUGACACGGGGAUUUUGAAGCAAUGUCAUCCCAGGGUCGGAGAGCCUGAUUGCGAGGUGGCUCCUCCUCGGCCCUUCAACUUUGCUUCCGGCCGCCGGGACUGCCUUCCCGACCCCACGGCGGACCAGCCCUAUAAGACCUCCAAGAAGGAGCUCCAUCCUGCAUAA